AAAUUUCAAGUGUGGAGUGAGUGCGCGCGCGGUGUGUUUACCGCUGUCGGCACCGAGAGAGGGAGCGACCCCCCGGGCAGGCGGGUAAACCAAAACAGCAACACCGGCAGGAGAGCUAGCGGCUCCGAACAGUUUAAACUUUGAUCAUGGCAACUGAAGUUGGAUCUGCAAUUGAAGUUAAGGAAGAGCCAGAGCAAAUUGAACAGGAGCAUUCUGAAGCCUCAGAUCCUGAAGAGCCUGCCAGUGUAAAUCAAGAGCAACAGAGUGAUGCCAAAGAAAGUGAACAGCCAGUAUCCACAGAACAAACUCUGAAAGAACAGGAAUUAAAUUCUCCAACUUCAAAUGCAAGUACUCAAGCUAGCCCUUCAAAUAGUCUCAAAAAGGAACAGUCAGGUGGUAAAGGGCUGUCACGCUUUUUACCUGGUUGGCUUAAAAAGCAAAAAUCAUUUUCUCAGGUUGAGAUGACAGAAGACAAGGAAGCUGAGAAGGGCAUUCAGGCUCAAGCUGAAGAAAUGGGUUCAGCAGAAAAAGAACUGCCAGAGCCAGUAAAGACUGCAUCAGAAAAUGAAGUAGAAAAGGAGGAGAAGGUGGAAGAACAGACAAAGAUAGUUGAAAUAGGGGAGCAGCAUUCAAUGAACAGUGCAGAGAUACAGCCAAUUAAAGAAGAGGAAAAGAUUGUAGAAUAUUUGGAAAAGAAUGCAGAUGUGAAUAAGGCAGAAGUGACUAAUGCAGAGUUGGUAACCGAAGAGAUAAAUGAGGGAAGUAACAAAGGUGAAGAGCUUCGGAAAGAUGAAGAUGCAAGCAAAAAAUCCCCUCUGAAAAUUCCCAAAAAGAUUAAGAUUGUGCAAUGCAAGGUACUUAUGUUGGAUGAUUCAGAGUCCACCUAUGAAAUUGAGAAAUGUGCCAAGGGCCAGAUAUUGUUUGACAAGGUGUGUGAGCAAAUCAACCUGUUGGAAAGGGAUUAUUUUGGCCUCACUUUUCAGGAUGCUGCAGAUGAAAAGAAUUGGUUGGACCCGGCAAAGGAAAUAAAGAAACAAAUUCAAAGUUGUCCUUGGCAGUUUUCCUUUAAUGUAAAAUUCUAUCCUCCUGAUCCUUCACAGUUAACUGAAGACAUCACAAGAUAUUACUUAUGCCUUCAACUCCGCCAAGAUAUUGUAUGUGGUCGUUUGCCAUGCUCUUUCGUAACUCAUGCCCUUCUUGGUUCUUGCACGUUGCAAGCGGAGCUUGGGGACUAUGAUGCAGAUGAACACAAAGCAGGUUAUGCCUCAGAAUUACAGUUUGCUCCAAGUCAGACAAAGGAAUUGGAAGAGAAAAUUUGUGAACUGCAUAAAACACACAGGGGUCUAACUCCAGCCCAGGCUGAUGCUCAAUUUCUGGAAAAUGCCAAGAUGCUUUCCAUGUACGGCGUAGACUUGCACCAUGCUAAGGAUUCAGAAGGAGUGGAUAUUAUGUUGGGCAUAUGUGCUAAUGGACUGCUCAUCUACAAGGAUCGUCUCCGAAUUAACCGCUUUGCUUGGCCAAAAAUUCUUAAAAUUUCUUACAAACGAAGCAAUUUUUAUAUUAAAAUCCGACCUGGAGAGACAGAGCAGUUUGAAAGUACUAUUGGGUUCAAGUUGCCUAAUCACCGAGCAGCAAAGAGAUUGUGGAAGGUUUGUGUGGAGCAUCAUACUUUUUUCAGGUUGCUAUCUCCUGAACAAACUCCAAAAAGCAAGUUCCUGACUUUGGGGUCAAAGUUCCGAUACAGUGGUCGCACCCAGGCUCAAACACGGGAGGCUAGCACACUCAUAGAUAGACCUGCACCAUAUUUUGAACGUACUUCGAGUAAGAGAAUGUCCAGAAGUCUUGAUGGAGCCCCAGUAGAUGGCAUUGAUGAAGUUGGCCUGCUGCAAGGUUCAUCUUCUGUAGGUGUUUCUCAGAGUUCAACGGCAGACAUCACUGCUGUGACUGUUGGUAUCGUUAAAGUAGAAGCAACAGAUGAAAUGGCAGAAGCAAAAGGCAAAAGCACUCCCUCAAAAGUCUCUCAGCUGGAAAUGCCUGUGGAAACAAAGAAUAAGUCAUUGAGCAUAGAAGGAGAAAAUAUUUAUAUCAGACAUAGCAAUUUAAUGUUGGAGGACCUUGAUAAGACCCAGGAAGAUCUAUUGAAACAUCAAGCUAGCAUUAGCGAGCUAAAACGCAGUUUCAUGGAAUCCACACCUGAACCACGUCCAAAUGAAUGGGAAAAUCGAUUGACCAAACCCUUAUCACUGCAAACAGAAGGGAGCUUAGAAGAGGAGAUAACAUCGCUUUUACUUAGUAAAGAGAGCUUCUCAACAGGCUUGGUGGCCUCCUUCUCGUCUGCUAUUUCUCAGGCAUCAGAGGGUGCGGGGCUGAAAGAAAAAUCUGCUGCUGAAUCUGUUUCUCUCACAUGCUCCAAGCAGUUGCCUGAGGAUCUUGCUUCAAGAACAGAGGGGCUUCCAGCAGGAGUCGGAGGUGUUGCCAAGAGCUCAGAUGAGAAACAGAAAUCCGAGAUGGAGGAGCAGGCAGAGGUUGUAGUAGAAGAAACAAUAGUGAUUGAAGAGGUAAAGAGUGCACCCAGCCAUUCAAAAAUAAAACUUGAAAGAGCUGCUGAAAGCAGCACAAUUGUGCCCCCCUCUAAGGUGCCAGCAAAAGAGGGUUAUGCCUCAUCCUCUGAUAGCCAUAGUGAGAGUGAGGAAGAGGCAGAGUACCACCCACAGACCAAGGAAGGAGAAAAUGUAAAGAGAGAAAAAAAUGAAUUUAAGACAUUGACUACAGUAGGAAUGGAGCCCAAGAUUUCGGUAACAGAAAUUGAAACAGUACACUGUCCAGCUGUUGUGGUACAUAAAAUGCAGGAUGUCCCGGAAGAAAAUUUGCAAGAAGUGCAGAAUGGAGAACUUCAGGAAGCAAAACACAAGCAAGAGCAAGAAGACGCCAAACCCAAGCUAAAUGGAGAUGUUUCGUAUGUUGAUAAUGAUGCUGUGCCAGAAGUUAUAUGUUGCACGGAGCCUCCUGUGGUAAAGACAGAAAUGGUGACAAUCUCUGAUACAGUGAGCCCUGACAAGACUGAAAUUGCAACAAAAGAAGUUCCAAUUGUUCAAACGGAGACCAAAACCAUUACAUAUGAAGCUGCCCAGGGUGAUGGCAGUGGAGACAAUGAUCCUGGCGUCCUGAUGAGUGCUCAGACUAUAACUUCCGAAUCUAUUUGUACAACAAUGACGACGCAGAUUACCAAGACCGUUAAAGGUGGCAUUUCUGAAACGAGAAUUGAAAAACGAAUUGUUAUCACGGGGGAUACAGAUAUUGACCAUGAUCAGGCCUUGGCCCAGGCAAUAAAAGAAGCCAAAGAGCAGCACCCAGACAUGUCAGUCACCAGGGUAGUGGUACAUAAAGAAACAGAGCUCACUGAGGACGGGGAGGAAUGAGUUAAGAAAUGAAUAUUGCCUGAAACUAAAUGAAGAAUCUUUACCAUUAGUGACCACUGCCAUGAAUAAUAGAGAAAAGUUACCUCUGAGCAUUCGCAAAUGACACCCUACAUAGCAGUCGCACAUAGUGUGAAUAUUUGAAGAUGCCAGAGACCUGCAGAAAAGCAUCAUUGGAGCUAGUUAUUUAAAAUCAUUAGCCUGUAAUUUGAUUAUUCACUCUCUACUAAUGUGAUGGCUUAUUAACCUACCACUUCUAUGUACCAUUAGAAUUUAAUAACCGCAAGUAAAAAUACAAAAAAGGCUACAAGUAGAAUUCCCGUUCCACAAGAGUUUUGUACAGAAUGUUGUGACUAAUUUAGAUACAUAAGUGGCUCACUUUCAAAACCUGAAUAAAUAUGUGUAAACCUUGUUGUUACAGAAACAAUUUUUAGCACGAUCAAGUAGGUACCAAAUAUUGUGGAAAAGAGAAAUAUGGAAAGAUUUUCUUCUAACUUUUCCAGUGUCACUUCGAACUCUUAACAUGUCAGUUUAAAAUAAUUACGUCUGUUUAUAAAGGAUCUCCUAGCCCGCCUAUUGCUGCAAAAAAUUAAAGGGGACCUAAAGUUAAGCAAACAUCAUUCCAAUAAAAAAAAUUCACUGUAGUGCAUUUACUAUAUAAUAUUUUUUUAAGUCAUCCAUAGAACUUGGAGAUCCAUAUUGGAAAGAGGUACUUUUCUAUUUACUUACCAGUUCUAUAACAUGGUAGACAGCUUAAAAUUUAAUACUUUAAAAUCAUAUUUCCUCAAAUAAAAAAAAUCAUUACAUUGAAUACAUUCCUAUAAAUGCUUUUACAUUCUGAAUCUUGAUAUAAAAAUCUAAGCUUUAUAAGUAUAGCUGUUAAUGGGCAAAUUGUGUUGCAUUUCUGAUGGCUUUGUCUAAUGUUUGAGGAAGAUUUUGAAAAAAAUAAUCUUUUUAUUAUUUGGUCUUCUCUGUAGAUAAUAUGGCAGAAUCUUGUGCUUAGCAUUUGUUUAAAACUAUACUAAAUCUUGAUGACUGUCAUUAUGCUUUUGACCCUUAUUGGCAAACAAGCAAAAUAAUAUUUUAGCAGCUUAAAAGUUGUGUUGAUUGAUAUUCUUGCUUCAUGUAAUGCUGUUGAAAAUAAAUUCCACUUAAAAUA